AUGUGUGGAGAAUUUGAGAUCCUUUACCUGUUUGGAAUGAAUGAUCCCGCGUGCUAUGCGGGUAAGUGGUUUGAAAUAGAGUGCUUGAACACAUCCAUGAACAACGUUCCCACUCUCACCCCUUACCUGAAAGCCGCAGAUCUGGAAGUGAGAUCCAUCGAUGCGUUGCGCAGCACGGUUACGGUGGGGAGGCGGAGAGGCCUGACGAUGGAAGAGAGGGCUUUUGUGUGCCAGCUGGCACUUGGAGAACCUGGGGUCGCUCACCUUCUUGCACCCCUCCUCCUCCAUUCCAAUAUUGAUGAGAUCGUCUGCCGGGUGGACCUUGGUGUCAUAGGCCACGUGGUACGACUCCAAGCCGGGAAUCCUCUGUUGGACUUGGUUGAUCUAGGCCUUGUCCUCCUCCAGGAACACGGUACGCCCGCCGUAGUUGAGGGACGUCCACAUGAGACUGUCAUGACCCAGGCUGAACAAGUUCAACACCAACUGCAACGGCGGCUUCAGACUGAAUCUGAUCUUAUUGAAAACAUAAUCCAAAUGAUUGUCCAGAAAUUGGAUCACAAAUAUACAAGUGAACUCAGAAGCCCUUUCAUAUAUGACCAAAACUAUGCAUGCAUUGAAUCUGUACUGACUCACUCAAGGGGUAUUAAAACCAUUGGGAUUUGGGGCAUGGGCGGCAUUGGAAAAACCACUAUUGCGGCUGCCAUUUUUCAAGAGUUCUCUCCCAAGUACCAAGGUUGUUGUUUCUUGGCCAAUGUAAGAGAAGAAUCUUCAAGGCAUGGCCUCAACUACAUUUUCAAUAGACUUCUUUCUGAGUUGCUGCACGAACAUGUUCAUAUUACCACUCCAAAGAUUGUGUCUUCUGCUAUAAUCCGCAGAUUGAGGCGUAAGAAAGUUUUCAUUGUACUGGAUGAUGUGAAUACUUCUGAGCUUCUAGAAAAUUUGCUUGGAGUGGGACAAGAUUAUCUUGGACUUGGUAGCAAAGUUAUUGUUACGACCCGAGAUAAGCAUGUUCUUCUGAGUAGAUCAGUGGAUCACAUCCAUGAAGUCACAGAAAUGAAUGAGGAGAACUCUCUCAAACUCUUUAGCUUGAAUGCCUUCAACAAAAUCCAUCCUCCUGAAAAUGGUGGAUAUUGGGAUCUAUCAAAAAGGGCACUUGCUUAUGCCAGAGGAAAUCCCUUAGCUUUGAAAGUUUUGGGAUCAUUUCUUCAUUCCAAAACUGAAAAGGAAUGGGACAAUGCAUUGACAAAACUAAAGAGGAUUCCUAAUGCAGAUAUUCAGAAAGUGUUGAGGUUGAGCUUCAAUGAAUUGGAUGAUACAGAGAAAGAUAUAUUCCUAGAUAUUGCAUGCUUUUUCAAAGGGCAAGAGAAAGAAAAAGUGGCAAUGAUAUUAAACGAGUGUGGUUUCUACGCAGAUAUUGGAAUAAGAAACCUUUUAGACAAGGCUCUUAUAUCAAUAGCUACGAAUCAAAGCAUACAAAUGCAUGACUUGAUACAGGAAAUGGGUCACAAAAUUGUGUGCGAAGAAUCUCUCAAGAACCCUGGAAAGCGGAGCAGAGUGUGGCAACCAGAUGAAGUUUGCGACAUAUUAAAAAAUGAUAAAGGAUCCACUACUAUUGAAACUAUAUACUUGGAUUUGACUCAGCAGACAGAAAUAUGUAUAAGCUCCAAUGCAUUUAGAAAGAUGCCAAACCUAAGGUUACUGGCUUUUGCUAGCAACAAUGGUUAUGGACAAAAGAGAGUUGAUUAUACAUUGAGUCUUCCAACAAAUCUGGAGUUGCCUAAUAACUUGAGAUAUAUUCAAUGGGAUGGAUGUCCAUUAAAAAAUCUCUGUCAACCACUUCUUGGCCUAGCAAGCUUGUUGAACUCUCCAUGCCAUACAGUGAUGUUGAAAAGCUUUGGGAUGGGCCACAGGUAA